AUGACAACCUACACCCAGACGUCGUUGGCCCCUUCAAUUACAGUUUUUGCUUCUCACAAAGUUUCGAAGAUAAAUCGGAACAUAUACUCUGGGUUCACUGAGCAUAUGGGAAGAUGCAUCUACACCGGGCUUUUCGACCCGACUAACCCAAAUAAAGACCUCAUAGACUCGAAUGGAUUUCGAACCGAUGUGCUGGAGGCAUUGAAGCCAUUAGACAUUCCGAUAUUCAGAUAUCCCGGAGGCAACUUCUGCGCAACCUAUCACUGGCAAGAUGGGAUCGGCCCCGUGGAGUCGAGACCAGCCAGAGCUGAACUGGCGUGGGAAACCGUCGAGACCAAUCGCUUCGGUACUGACGAGUUCAUGAAGUGGUGCAAGGCUGUCAACGCUGAGCCAUAUCUAUGUCUCAACUUUGGUACCGGCACGCUCGACGAAGCCAUGGCAUGGGUUGAGUACUGCAACGGCACCAAAGACACCUACUAUGCCAACCUCCGACGGAAGAACGGCCACGCUGAACCAUAUAAUGUGAAGUGGUGGGCCCUCGGAAACGAAAUGUGGGGUGACUGGCAGGUCAACCAGAUGACUCAAGAAGCGUACUCAGAGCGUGCACACCAGUGGGCGAAAGCUCUAAAGCUCCUCGAUCCCAGCAUCCAGCUCAUCCUCUGCGGCAGAGAAGGCGCUACGACGUGGGACUAUACCACUUUGAAACGCAAUAUAUUACCUGCUGGGAUGAGUGAUUUGGGGGAAGAGCGAGGGCCUCUCAUUGACUUGCACAGUAUCCAUUUAUACACAGCUAGUGAAGACCACUAUGAGAAUGUGACCGCACCGUUGGCAGCGGAACGUCACAUCGAGGUGUGCUCUAGCCUGAUCGACCUCGCGAUCAUUGAGAACAAAAUCCCUCCAGGUCAGAAGAGACCCGGCAUCACAUUCGAUGAAUGGAACGUCUGGUCUCCUACGAGAGCACCAGGCAGCAAAGGCGGAGAAGAAAACUAUACUUUGUCCGAUGCUCUUGGAGUCGCAGUAUGGCUGAACGUCUUCAUCCGAAAGUCCAAGGACGUGGAGAUGGCCUGCAUCGCACAAAGUGUGAAUGUCCUCAGCCCGCUCAUGACGAACGAGAAAGGUAUUGUCAAGCAGACGACAUGGUGGCCGUACGAGCUGUUUUGCAAAUACAUGAAGGGUCACACCAUUGCCGUCCAUGUAGCGAGUGCGGCAUACGAAGGUCCCACCAAGCCUGCAUGGGUAAGAGCAUUAAAGGAUACUCCUUAUCUAGAUGUCAGUGCCACUUUGGAUGAUGAGGGCUGGGUCAAUGUUGUUGUGGUCAAUCUCCAUCUUGAAUCCGACUUGGAAACUUCGUUUAGCGGUCUUGCAGAGGGAGCGGUAGUGAGGGUGUACACGGUUACUGGAUCACACGCGAAAAUCACGAACAUGGGAGGCAAAGAAGAGGUAAAAAUAGAAGAAUCGAACUGGGACGGGAAGAAUGGGAAAUUUGUGUUUCCAAAAUUAUCCAUGACCUUGUUGAGAUGGCAAUCCUAG